CUACUCCACACCAUGAUUUAGAGGAGAAAAAACAAGAGCACUUUAUAUGGGAUUUGCUUUAACUAUAUCUUAGAUUCUUUUCCAGUAUACUCACUCAUUCUGCCAUCUAUUUGAAACAAUAACUUGUAUAAAUUAACGAGUACCCCAAAAAUCCAUGAUAGAUACAGGCUAUUAUUAACUCAUUUUGCCAUUUUUUUAAAAUAUUUCUUUGCAGGCUGGAAAAUGGAGGCACAAAGUGGAAGAUCAAAUGAAAACGUUGUCAUCAGUGUUGGAGCAUUGUGUUCUCUGAAGGUUGAGCUAAGGGAUGCUUGUUUAUCCAUGCCCCAAAGCUACUGCAUCUUCAAAACCCCAACCAUACUCUUCAGGCACAAAGAGACCUCUUUUCUCCCCAAUUGUUUCUCCAUUGGGCCAAUGCACCAUGGAAAACGAAACUUGUUAGCCACUGAGAAAAUCAAAGUCAAGUACUUGAAGGCUCUCCUUUCCAGGGUGAUCGGAAGUCGCUAUGAAACGAUGUCCGAACAAUCCAAAGAGAUUGAAGAACAGAAUGUUUUAUCUGAUUGGAUUGAUUCUGUUGAGAUGAUUAAGAAAGAGGCCAGUUCUUGCUAUGCAGGCCGUGAUUUUGCAGCAGAAUUGGGUGAUGAGUUCGUUAAAACAAUGCUGCUAGAUGGUGUCUUCGUUAUCGAGCUGUUUCGUAAAGAUGCGGAAGUGGUGAAGCCAGAGCCGGACGACCCGAUUUUCUCCAUGUCAUGUAUGCUGCAAUAUCUACACCAUGACUUGAUUUUGUUAGAGAAUCAAAUCCCCUGGUUAGUGCUUGAUCUCUUGUAUGAAAAAUCUAGGCUCCCUUGUGAAACCAAGUCCUUGAUUGAACUUGCCCUCAUGUUCUUUGCUAAUACCUUCACUUCUCAUCCCCCUCCUAUAAAUACAAGCCGUUUCAAAGACGAAAAUAUCAAGCAUAUUCUUGAUUUGUUAAGAUCAUCCUUGGUGUUACCAUUCCAAGAAACAGUAAAAAAAAACGAAUCCAGCUGGCAGCCGAUUCGUUCCAUCACUAGGCUCAAAGAAGCAGGUGUAAAAUUCGUGAAAGCUGUACCAGAACCAGACAGCGUCUUGGACAUAAGGUUUAGAGAUGGUUGUCUCACAAUCCCAUCAUUGCUGAUCCAAGAGACGACUGAAACGAUCUUCCGGAACCUGAUCGCGUACGAGCAGUGUUUGCCUAAAUGUCAACCUAAAUUCACUUGCUAUGCCAAGCUCCUCGAUAACCUCAUUGACACCACCAACGACAUGGAGAUACUGUGCAAGAGGGAGAUCUUCGACAACUGGUUGAGUCCCGCCGAUGCAACCCAGUUUUUCAAUAAUCUUUAUAAUGAUGCUUUUGUCAAGGAAUUCUAUUAUUCCGAACUUUGUAAUAAACUCGAUCGUCAUUGUAAACGGAUGUGGCCUCAAUGGCGAGCAUACUAUGUGCAAAACUAUUUCAGCAAGCCUUGGGCUAUCGCUGCUCAAAUUUAUGCUGUUGUCAUGUUGGUUCUCACAGUGUGGCAAACAUACAUAAAAUAGAAUUGAAC